AUGGAAACUCCUUCAAUUCCGGUGGGAGUCACGCGGGUUACGGCAAGUAAUGGAUAUCAACCUCCACUGCCAGCUUCUGUUCCACCGCCAAAACCGCCACCUUCGGUAUCUUCGCCCAUAGCGGCACUUAGCGUAAUACAACCCCAAAGCCAUGCGCUGGAAACCACAACUGUGGCCCCAGUUUUACUGAAAAAAACCAAAGAACCCGGGUUGGUUCCAGUCAUUGCAACCUCGCCACCAUCCAUUGAGUUUUUGCCCACAUACAUCCCCGUCGUGCCGUCUGCUGUGUGGUAUAAUGAACAGACACAGCACAUCUCUGUGCCACCUGUGCGAGGGGUGCCAUCUCAUGCAGUCACCUCACUUCGGGAACGGAGCUGCAAAGAGCACCGCACGGGACUGUGUAUUCAGCCCGUGAACAAUAAAUAUUUGUGGCGACCUGCACCUACGAAGGAGACUAUAGCAUCGGAACCGUGGCGUGGGGUAUACUGGAAGCACGUAGACGUGCAUCGUUACAUUGCGAGGCGGUACUGCAGCAGCCCACCCCCGAUAGAGUAG